AUGGAGCCAUUGGGAAAGGCCAUUGCCGAAUCGGACGAUUUGGCUGUCCAAGGCCGUGUGCCCUUCCUCAAGAAGUCGUCUCCCGCGACCCUGAGGGCCCUGUCGACCGUUGUCCGACCCCAGGCCGCCGCCACCGCUGCCUCCUCGCCCUGCGGCGGUACCAUGUCCAAGCUACAGCUGUACGCCAACCGCUGCCCCAUUAUGGGCAAGGCCAUUGCCGUGCGCUCCGCCCACUACGGCCGCGCCGACAUGCCUAAGAGGUCUGCUGUUGCCGGUCUUCGGGCCUUCAACUCUGCCUCCAAGGCUGGACUCUCUGCUUGGUCGUACUCAGGUCCAACCCCACCGAGCAUGUACGCUGCCCCCGGGGCCGCCCCGGCUCCGACCGACGGCUCCGCAAAGGCCGGUCGCUUCAACUACGAGGCGUUUUACACGACCGAGUUGGACAAGAAGCACAAGGACAAGUCAUACCGCUACUUCAACAACAUCAACCGCCUGGCCAAGGAGUUCCCCGCGCCCACAUGGCGAGCAAGGAGGAGCGCGUGA